AUGGAACUUGUUAUUCGGGCAGAUACACCGGACCUGGGAAAACCCCAGUUAGCGUCGCACGCAUGGCUUGAGCCUAUUGUGGUCGUGGGUAUUAUGGUUGGGUCGUUGAUUGUGAACCGUCGCAGAGACUCCAGCAAAAGCCAAUACACACUUCUAGAAGAAGGAAAUGCCCAUUUGAACGAACCUCAUCUCACCGACGAUCUACAUACCAAAUCCGAAAAUGUAUACGGGAUCAAUAUCGAGAAUCGGGACUCCUCUCGCUGGGCGCACCACAUCCACAGCAGAAUCCUACAGAAACUUCCUUUCUUGGUCGAGAUGUUCUACUGGAUCAUGAACUACCUGUUCUAUUCCGUGACCAAAGCCACAGCGCAGUGGCUCUCCCCCGCCGACAUCGGCGUUGUCGCAGUAGCACGAGGCCAUGCCGUCGACGUCCUCGACUUCGAACAUAAAACCGCUUCUUGGAUAUUCCCGAUCAACGAAUCCGAUUUCCAAUCCUUUUUCAUCCACAAUCACCCAUCGAUUCUGACUAUGUUCAAUCGCAUUUAUUCACUAAUUCAUAUUCCCGGAACAGUACUAUUCCUCUCCUGGUACUACUACGUCGCCAAGAACCACGCCUCCUUCGCCAUAGCACGACGCACAAUGACACUCGGAAACCUCGCCGCCUUCUUGGUAUUCUGCGUCUACCCCCUCAUGCCACCCCGACUCCUCCCAGAAUCAUACGGAUUUUACGACACCGUGCGCCAAGGAAACGCCGAAAGCAUCUGGGUCGGUGGAAAAUCCGUGAAUCAAUUCGCUGCCAUGCCCAGUCUACACUUUACAUAUGCCUUUGUGAUUGGGUGCACCUUCCUCCACCACUCGGGAUUCCUGCAGCGACUCCAACGCAAGCCGACGCAGAAGUCUCGCCUGACCGAGUUUGGCUUUUUGGCGCUAGCUAUAUGUUACCCGAUUCUCGUGCUCAGUGUUAUCGUCGCUACGGCAAAUCAUUACUGGCUCGAUGCGGUUGUGGCGAUCUUUACGGUUACACUGUCCUACCGCUUCAAUAGAGUUCUUAUCUUGUUGCUUCCGCUUGAAUAUGCGCUAUGUUGGUGUCUGCGACUGGCGAAGCCGGUGCCUACUACCGGUGAUAGAGCAUCGAAGAAAUGA